UUACGUCAUACAGAAAUAUCAAUAAUUCUUAGUUUAAUCGGUAGUAAUUUAAGUCAUCAAGGAAAAUAUGAUGAAUCAUUAGAUUAUUAUAAACGAGCAUUAACUAUACAAGAAGAAUAUUAUCCAACUGAUCAUAUACAAAUAGCACUUUUCUUACAAUGGAUUGGUUUUAUUUAUUAUACAAAAUUAGAUUUUGAUCAUGCUAUUGAAUUCUAUGAAAAAUGUUUAUGGAUUAGACAAAUAAAUUUACCUCAAGAAAAUCCAAUCAUACCUGAAACACUUUCACUCUUAGGUAAAGUACGAUUAACACGAGGUCAAUAUGAACAAUCAAUUGCAAAUGAAUUGAAAUGUUUAGCAAUACGUGAAAAAUAUUUGUCACCUGAUCAUGAAGAUAUUGGUAAAAGUUUAUUUAAAAUAGGUGAUUGUUAUAAUUAUUUAAUCAAACUUGAUCUUGCUCUUGAUUAUUAUAAACGUGCAUUAAACGUUUAUGAACAAUGUUUACCUGUAUGGCAUCCAGAUCGAUGGAAUUUAGAAUGGAUGAUUGAACAAAUUUCCGAAGAAAUUCAAGAGAAUCAACUUAAUGAGAUUGAUGUUUAA